AUGCGCUGUGUGGUCACUGCUGUGGUGAACAAUGCUGCUGCAGGCGUGGUGGCCGUGGUGGGCCAUGCUGCAGACGUGGUGGCCGUGGUGGGCCGUGCUGCAGGCGUGGUGGCCGUGGUGAACAAUGCUGCUGCAGGCGUGGUGGCCGUGGUGGGCCGUGCUGCAGGCGUGGUGGCCGUGGUGGGCCGUGCUGCAGGCGUGGUGGCCGUGGUGAACAAUGCUGCUGCAGGCGUGGUGGCCGUGGUGGGCCGUGCUGCAGGCGUGGUGGCCGUGGUGAACAAUGCUGCUGCAGGCGUGGUGGCCGUGGUGGGCCAUGCUGCAGACGUGGUGGCCGUGGUGGGCCGUGCUGCAGGCAUGGUGGCCGCGGUGGGCCAUACUGCAGGCGUGGUGGCCGCGGUGGGCCAUACUGCAGGCGUAGUGGCCGUGGUGGGCCGUGCUGCAGGCGUGGUGGCCGUGGUGGGCCGUGCUGCAGACGUGGUGGCCGUGGUGAACACUGAGCGCGUGCAGACCCCGGCCCAGUCCCUGCAAGAUGAAGGCGAGCAGGUGCGUCCUGGAGUUUCACUGCUGUGUCCCCUCCAGGCCCAGCUGCCCGAGUGCUGUGUGGAUGUGGUGGGCGUCAACGCCAGCUGCCCAGGCGCAAGCCUGUGUGGCCCAGGCUGCUACAGGCACUGGAACGCGGACGGGAGCGCCAGCUGUGUCCGCUGUGGGAACGGAACCCUCCCAGCCUACAAUGGCUCCGAGUGUAGAAGCUUCACUGGCCGGGGUGCGCCAUUCCCCAUGAACAGAAGCUCAGGGACCCCCGGGCGACCACAUCCCGGGGCUCCGCGCGUGGCCGCCUCCCUCUUCCUGGGCACCUUCUUCAUCAGCUCCGGACUCAUCCUCUCUGUAGCUGGGUUCUUCUACCUCAAGCGCUCCAGUAAACUCCCCAGGGUCUUCUACAGAAGAAGCAAAGCCCCAGCCCUGCAGCCUGGCGAAGCCGCUGCAAUGAUCCCCCCGCCACAGUCCUCAGUACGGAAGCCGCGCUACGUCAGGCGGGAGCGGCCCCUGGACAGGGCCAUGGACCCCACUGCCUUCUCCUCGGCGGAGGCCCGUAUCAGCAACGUCUGACCUGGAGACUGAGACCACACCAUGCGCUUGGCAGCAGUGACCCGGAGGCUGACCCCUUGGCGGGAGCCCGGCACAAAGGGUUGGCAUCGCCCAGCGCCCGGGACAGGCCUGGGCACAGCCCUGGCUCUGAGUCUCUCUGUCUCCCAGCGACAGACACCGAGGGGUCCCGGGCUGCCUGAGGCUCCUUCACACCACAGCCGUCGGCUUUAUGGGACCAGGAGCAGGCAUCCGUGAGACCUCAGAGCAUCAGAUCGAGGCCCUGGGGGGUCUGGGCCCCCCAGGAAACAUGAUGAGGCCCCAGCACCUGCAGCCGAGAUGCAGGCCUGGCUCAGGCAGCCAAAGCUGGUGUGAUCUACGGGGCAGGCACCGCUCUGCCUAGAAAAGCCAGGGGCUCUGCUGCGAUGCCCUCCGGAGCCCACGACGGGCAGGACUCCUCCAGCACCACCGCACCAAGACCCCUGAGAACAGUGAGGCUUGUCCUCGUGCCAUUGCAGCCGAUGCCGGGCCAGUGGGGAGGACGCAGCCUGGAACCAGCUGCCUGAGAUGGGGCGCCUGUGGGCCGUCCUCCCGUGUGGCAGAGACCCCAGGCCACAGCCACCCAUUUCCGGGAUGCAGGGUAGCUUCCUCUUCAUCUCUGUCUGUGUCGAAGCAGAAAUUCAUGUGCAGGAAAGUCCUCCAGAGCUCUGCAGCCCCGCUCGGACCCCCUGGGCCCCCGGGCCUGGACCCCGUGCCUGGACCCCCUGCCUGGGCCCCGGGCCUGGCUGAUCCCUGCCCACGCGGGGCAGCCCACAUCUAACCCCCACACGUCACCGCCUCGCUGGACCUGCCAGGCGGCCCUGGCGCUGUCUGAGUCCCGGGGUCCCUCCGGGGUUCCUGGGAGAAAGGCGCGUUUGUGGCCGCCCCCUGCACGCCAGGCUCGGGCUCCACUGUGGUCUCAGACGCACUGUCUGGUUUAGCAUCAGGCCCCCAUCUGAGGGGCGGCCUGGCCUUCGGGGCCCCACGCUCCUCUGUGAAGUCCCCUGUGGGUGUCGCCAUGGUCCCCGGGACCUGGGCCAGCGGGAACGUGGGGACGCUGGUGCUGAUAUAAAGUCAGCGUUCCGAGCUGCCCUCUCCCGUAGCAUCCUCUGUUCUCUAAGUGCAGGUUGGGGAGCAAAGUCCCCGCCAGGCUGGCCCACGCGCUCACCACCGUGUGCUGGGGGCCAGGAGGCGGGACGGGGGUAGAGGAGUGUUGAGCCCCCACCUGCUGCCUGGUUGGGGCCCUGAGAGCUACGAGCACAGGGUGCCCCCACCCCCCGCACCCGCACAUUUUCUGCCACAGGCCUAUUCCCUGAAUACAACCUGUGCAGGUGGGACCUGCGGCCCCCGA